AUGUCAGACCCGCCAUCGAAACGACGCAAAACAACACCCGACGCGACGACCACCAAAGAUGCAAACAACAGCAGCAUUACAAAUGUGCCUCUCUUACAACAAUCGCCUGUAACUCACAGACAGUCAUUCCAAUCGCCCACGCGGUCAAGUCUGGCGCGCUCAAAUCCAGAGAUAUUAUCUCAUGUCCUGGCUCGAUCUCCGACGCGCAGUCCACAGCGACAACAGCAGGGUAUAUCGUUUGGGUUACGGGAUCGGAAAGCUUUACGGCCGUCGUUGACUACAAAUAUCGAGUCCUCGCCGCUGAGAGCGCUAUCACAAUCACCGAGGAGAGGAGGAGCUAUUGCGGCUGCACAACAGCAGGUUUUUGCUGCGCCGCCGCGCAGGAUAUCGAGAAGGAUUGAGUCGCCGAGACGGAGUGCAACCCGAGACGGCGAGGGUGAACAAGAAGAAAGAGUAGAAACAACACCAAUACGACAAGAUGAUCCGGACGAACAACUCGCAUCCGAGCUAGACAGUGCGACUCGGGAACUGGAACAUUCAGGCCUGUUGGCGCCUUCAUCGUUCAAUGAUGAUCUUCCUGAGCCAGAAUUACCUCCUACGCCAACUCAAUUGGCCCGUGAAAAACGUCUCGGAGCAUCUCAGGAGUUGAUAAGUAGUCCUAGCGCAGGGAGGAGGUUACGAAAGGAUUUAAUGGGUCCGAGUAAACUUGGUUUUGGGAUUGAAGCGCCAACCGAAGGUAUACAUGAGGAUGAAGAUGAAGAUGAAGAACUCGAUAAUCCAGCUUUGCAGGAGCGAAAGAAGCUUAAGAGGGAUCUUCUUGAGCAACUAGAUCAAUUAAAGGCGGAUGUUGCUUUGCUAGAGAAUUGGACGAAUCGAGCCGAACGCGGUCAUGAUGGUCAGCGGGCUGGUCAGGAUGAUGUUUCGAAAUUGAUGUGA